AUGAGAUCUGCCCUUUUAUUCCUUCUACCUCCUAGAGUUCGACACGGCCGUAAUUUGGCUCCACUAGAACCACCCCAAGACUUCGUUCAACAGCUUUCUUGGAUCCACGACGGCGUCGAAGGAUCUGGUUAUGUCCGUGGCUGUUUUCUUGGCGUGGUUCAUGAGUCCUCUCGCGUAGUCACUGGUGUCGACGCCUUUCCUGGCCUAGUCGCCAACGCCGUCUGCCACUCCGAUGGUCUAGGCAUCAUGGCAAAUGAAGUGGGCGUCUUUGCCCAGGGGUUUUUCCUGGUUCUCUCAGAGAAUCUAAAAGAGUAA